CCCUAUACACGAUGGACGCAUUUGAUCUCUCCACAGCCCCUCCAGAAUUCCAAGCCUGGGGCGCCACCAUCUUUGCAUGCAAUGCCUAUACCAAUAUAAUCUGGCUCUACGUGUAUUAUGGCAUGAUAUACAGAUCCUACAAAGACAAAUCCUUCAGCAUGCCUCUUAUUUCCCAAUGCCUUAACAUCGCAUGGGAACUGACUUUCGGCUACCUAUGCUCUCUGGAUCACUGGCUGGUAACUCUCUCCUUCCAAGCCGCUUUCAUCAGCAACUGUGGUGUCAUCUACGCGGCAAUCAAGUACGGUGCCGAAGAAUGGGACCGAUCCCCCAUGAUACAGCGCAACCUGGUCUGGUUGUACAUAGGUGGAACACUCUUGGCAUUGGCGGGCCAUCUUUCUAUAGUUGCGGAGAUCGGAGCGAUCAAGGCCUGCUUUAUGAAUGCGAUUGUCUGCCAGGCAAUUCUCAGUGUUGGAUGUUUCUGCCAGCUCUUGAUUCGGGAGAGCACGCGUGGUUUCUCCCUCAAUCUAUGGUUCUUCCGUUUCACAGGGUCCUUGACCUUAAUUCCGGAGUUUUAUCUUCGCGGGAAAUACUGGCCCGAGGCUUUUGGCUACCUAGAACAGCCUUUUAUGCUUUGGUGUUGCUAUAUUUAUAUGGGCUUUGAUCUGAUUUAUCCGGUGGUCUUUUGGUAUAUACAGAAGCGUGAGAAGGAGGGGGAGUUGGCCAAAAGUCUUAAGGAUAGGUAAAGUCAUCUGGUUGUCGGUCGGUGAGAGGCAGACAAUGGUGGAUGUGAAACUGUGAGGGGACUAAGAUUUGGUGGUCCUUUUUGGUCUUUCUCUAAUGAAGCCUAUUCAGUGUUGGAGCGGAAGGACCCAUUACAAUUUGUAUUUGAG